AUGACUUCGCACAAACCCCGAAGACAAAACAAUCACCAAGUCAACACUGAUUAUGAAUCCGACAUUCCAUACUACUCCGACAUGCAGGAACAGCCUGCACCACCGCCCCGCUCCAACGAGGAGCUCAACCUCUCCGUUAUCCAGCGCCACAAGCCCUCUAUAACUUCCAUCCUCUCACUCGCGCCGUACGCAGUCGUCUACAUCUUCAGUCCAACCACAAAACAAUGGGAAAAGAACGGCGUUGAAGGAACCCUGUUCGUCUGCCAGGAAUCACAAGGCGAUCUAGGCGAAGAGCGCUACACAGUCUUCGUGCUGAACCGCCGCGGGCUGAACAACUUCGAUCUCCCCUUAACCGACGGCGAAAAUGUCGAGAUCACAGAGGAAUAUGUGAUUUGCAAAGCCGAAGAAAGCUUCGAGGGAGAAGCCGGACAGAACGGCAUCGCCGACCCCUUGCACCCACAGAACGUUGCAAACACACAGGCCGCCACGAACAACGUGCGCAUAUAUGGUCUAUGGAUCUACUCAGAGCCGCCGCCGAACUCGACCGCAGAGAGCCGCAGCAUAAAUGCCCAGAUGAUUCUCGAGUGCGCUACCCAUGCGGGCCAGAGCAUGAAGCUGGCCCGGGAGCGUCUUGAGGCAAUGCGCCAGAACAGCUUGCAUAUGGCUGCGGCGGUGGCUUCUACACAGGCUCCUCCGUUGCAGGAAGCUCAGGCUAGUGUGUCGAUGGGUCGCCAGAUCUCGUUGAAGGAUCUUUUUGGUCAGCAGCGCGCCCAGGAUGACGGUUGGAGUGUGCGUGCACACCAUCUUGCCCCCGAGCAGCAGCAGCCAUACCCACAGCAGCCUCAAUAUCAGAACAUGACACCCCAACAGAUGCCUCCUCAUCCUCAGCCCUAUCCUCAACUCCCGCCACAGCCACAAUCCGAUGUGCUAGGAGAUUUAUUUCGGAGAGCAGGGUUGGCUCAAGGCAACGGUCAAGGUUACUAG